AUGGAGAUCAAUACGGAGCAAAAACGCUAUUUUUUUCUCAAAGAUUUGCUCGUAAUGAUCUUGGAUCUUGUUCCGACAAAAGACGCAGUGGCCACCAUGUUUCUGUCCAAACGAUGGUUCUCUGUUUGGACGAUGAAACAGAGACUUGAGUACAAAGACACCAUCGAAGAGGAGCAGGAUAUGGAGGUUGUAAGCAAAAAGAGCGUUUGGUGGUUUCUUGAAAAUUCACUGCAACUCCACAGAGCACCCGUAAUUCGCAGCUUGUGUAUUGAACUCGGUCCAAGUUGUCCUACCGAUGCUGAUGUCGUGAAGUGGGUUGCAAACGCCGUUGAUCGCAGGGUGCUUGAGAUAAAACUCAAACUCCUCUGGUCCGCCGUUGAUCCAGCCAGCUUGCCCAAUACCCUUUACUCCUGCAAAUCUCUCGUGGUACUGACUCUCUCCGACAAUAUUCUCGUGGAUGUUCCUUCUUCCGCUUCCCUCCCAUCCCUCAUAUUCCUCGAGCUUGACUAUGUGGUUUACAAAGACGAUGAUUCUCUGGUUAGGCUCUUGGCGAGCUGCCCUAUUCUUGCGACACUGUGCGUCAAACGAAAUGACAAGGAUGACAAUGUCACGAGCUUUCGUGUGGAAAUGCCUAAUUUAUCGUCCUUAUCGUAUACAAAUUAUAGAGACGGCUCUGGUGUAGGAGAUACUGGUAGGUACUUGGUUAUAGUUACUCCGGCAUUAACACACUUUGACUUCCGUGACUCUUCGGGAGACUCUUGCUCGAUGGAGCUGCCUGGUCUUGAUAGUGCAGUUAUCGACACUGCAUCUUAUUAUCCUGGUGACAAGUUUCUAAGAUCUCUUUCAUCGGUCUCGUAUCUUGCCUUGUAUUUGACUGCUGCAACGGUUGUGUGUUAUAGCACUCUCAAAUUUUCUCGGCUUAUAGAGUGUGAGAUAGUUCCAGAAGAAACAGACUGGGUGAAACCAACUCUACUGUUUCUUGAAAAUUCUCCGAAACUAAAAACUCUUGUGAUCCAUUGCGUACGUGUCCUCCCUCCUGCCUCCAACUUUGCAGAUGUGUUAAAAGAAGAAUAUAUGAGAAGAUGA